AUGAAAUUUUCUAAAGUUUUAUUUGUGCUUGCUGUCUUGGUAGCUUCAACUAAUGCGUUACCAGUUUCUGAUAGUAAAUUGUUGUCAAAGAGAGCUUUUGAUAAAGACCCUGUUGGUGGUGUAAAAGUUCGCAAGAUUACCGCAAAAGCCGAUGGAACAUUUGAAGUCAAUGGUGUUACAUUUCAAAGUUUAGAUAAUGCUCACCAAAGACAAUGCGAUGUUCAGAAAAAUGCCUGUUUUAAUAAAUUCAACGGUGGCGAUAAAUCAUUUUCAGGACAAGAUUGUGAAGAUCAACAAAAAGAGUGUACCGCGGGUGACCCUGUUUUUGCGAAAGAUGCUCCUAAGAUUACUAAAAAAGCCGAUGGAACAUUUGAAGUCAAUGGUAGUACAUUUCAAAGUGUAGAUAAUGCUCACCAAAGACAAUGCGAUGUUCAGAAAAAUCUCUGUUUUAAUAAAUUCAACGGUGGCGAUAAAUCAUUUUCAGGACAGGAUUGUGAAAAACAACAACAAGAGUGUACCAAUGGCGACCCUAUUUUUGCGUAA